UGGAGAAAAAAGGAGCACUAAUUAUUCAUGAAUUCCAACAGCCUGAGAGAUUUCCAGUGAAAGUCUUAGAAGGUAUGCAUAACAUAGACAUCCGUGAGUGAGAGAGAGUAUGUGUGUGAACAAGGACAUGUAGUCUGUGCUACAUUUAUCUGUCAGGGAGAGGCAGUGGCUAAUCCCCAUCUCUUAGAGAUUUUAAGAUGGGAACAUGACCAGAUUUUAUCACAGACCCCAAAUCAGACAAGUUUCUUUUGUGCUCUUUUGGUACAUUUACGGUGACUGGGGCACUUAAUGCAGCUUCUGAAAAAAAAGCUGCCUGCUGAGCCCGCUGGGCAGGGGCAAUUUUCCUGCCUAACAUUGUGGAUACUUCUGUUUCGCUUGUUUAUUUUUACACCACGAUACCAUACCCUUCUCUCACCUGACCUCCUUCUAUCUGGGCUGGACCUGCCUGUGCUCUGGCUCCCAGCCUGCCUCCCCCUCCCUCCCUGUCUCUAACACCCCAGGGAACCUGUGUCAGUGUUUGGAAUCCCUAGAUUGCUCUAGCAGUGAAACUAGACAGAUUAGGAGCUGAGGCACAUUUGACGGAAAGGCAGCGCUUUGCUUUCUUCUUACACAGCUUCCCCUUCCUCUUUUCCCAAAUAGAUAUGUAAACACAUGUAUUUUCCUGUUUAAAUUUAGCGAAUUAGUCCUCUGCCUAUGCCUUGAUUUAGCUAUUGAGCUGAGCCUUGCUCCUCCCUUCCCUGCUCGGAUAGGAGCCACUGGGAUCUGGAGCUCGAACUUCCAAAUUGAAGCUGGCCUCAGGCCAGGUGACCUUUUCUUUGCAUCUCCUCUAGUGGGACCCGCCAGCACAUCCAGCAGCACCAUGUGGGUGACCAAGCUUCUGCCAGUCCUGCUGCUGCAGCACGUCCUUCUACACCUCCUCCUGCUUCCCAUCGCCAUCCCCUAUGCAGAAGGACAGAAGAAAAGAAGAAACACACUUCAUGAAUUCAAAAAGUCCUCAAAGACUACUCUAAUUAAAGAAGACCCAUUACUGAAGAUAAAAACCAAAAAAAUGAACUCUGCAGACCAAUGUGCCAACAGAUGUAUUAGGAAUAAAGGACUUCCAUUCACUUGCAAGGCCUUUGUUUUUGAUAAAGCAAGAAAACGAUGCCUUUGGUUCCCUUUCAAUAGCAUGUCAAGUGGAGUGAAAAAAGAAUUUGGCCAUGAAUUUGACCUCUAUGAAAACAAAGACUACAUUAGAAACUGCAUCAUUGGUAAAGGAGGUAGCUACAAGGGAACGGUAUCUAUCACUAAAAGUGGCAUCAAAUGCCAGCCCUGGAAUUCCAUGAUACCACAUGAACACAGCUUUUUGCCUUCGAGCUAUCGCGGUAAAGACCUACAGGAAAACUACUGUCGCAAUCCUCGAGGGGAAGAAGGGGGACCUUGGUGUUUCACGAGCAAUCCAGAGGUACGCUACGAAGUCUGUGACAUUCCUCAGUGUUCAGAAGUUGAAUGCAUGACCUGCAAUGGGGAAAGUUAUCGAGGUCCCAUGGAUCAUACAGAAUCAGGCAAGAUUUGUCAGCGCUGGGAUCAUCAGACACCACACCGGCACAAAUUCUUGCCAGAAAGAUAUCCCGACAAGGGCUUUGAUGAUAAUUAUUGCCGCAAUCCUGAUGGCAAGCCGAGGCCAUGGUGCUAUACUCUUGACCCUGACACCCCUUGGGAGUACUGUGCAAUUAAAAUGUGUGCCCACAGUACUAUGAAUGACACGGAUGUCCCUAUGGAAACAACUGAAUGCAUUCAAAGUCAAGGAGAAGGUUACCGGGGCACUACCAAUACCAUUUGGAAUGGAAUUCCAUGUCAGCGCUGGGAUUCCCAGUAUCCUCACCAGCAUGACAUAACUCCUGAAAAUUUCAAGUGCAAGGACCUAAGAGAAAAUUACUGCCGAAAUCCAGAUGGGGCUGAGUCACCGUGGUGUUUUACCACUGAUCCAAACAUCCGAGUUGGCUACUGCUCCCAAAUUCCAAAAUGUGACGCGUCAAGUGGACAAGAUUGUUAUCGUGGGAAUGGCAAAAAUUAUAUGGGCAAUUUAUCCAAAACACGAUCUGGACUAACAUGUUCGAUGUGGGACAAGAACAUGGAAGAUUUACACCGGCAUAUCUUCUGGGAACCAGAUGCUAGUAAGCUGAAUAAGAAUUACUGCCGGAAUCCUGAUGAUGAUGCCCAUGGUCCCUGGUGUUACACAGGGAAUCCUCUCAUUCCUUGGGAUUACUGCCCUAUUUCUCGUUGUGAAGGCGAUACUACACCUACAAUAGUCAAUUUAGACCAUCCUGUAAUAUCUUGCGCCAAAACAAAACAAUUGCGAGUUGUAAAUGGAAUUCCAACACGAACAAAUGUAGGAUGGAUGGUUAGUUUGAAAUACAGAAAUAAACAUAUCUGCGGAGGAUCAUUGAUAAAGGAAAGUUGGAUUCUUACUGCAAGACAGUGUUUCCCUUCCCGAAACAAAGACUUGAAAGACUAUGAAGCUUGGCUUGGAAUUCAUGAUGUACAUGGAAGAGGAGACGAGAAACGCAAACAGGUUCUAAAUGUUUCCCAGCUGGUAUACGGGCCUGAAGGAUCAGAUCUGGUAUUACUGAAGCUUGCUAGGCCUGCUGUCCUGGAUGAUUUUGUUAGCACAAUUGAUUUACCUAAUUAUGGAUGCACAAUUCCUGAAAAAACUACUUGCAGUGUUUAUGGCUGGGGCUACACUGGAUUGAUCAACUCUGAUGGUCUAUUACGAGUAGCACAUCUCUAUAUUAUGGGCAAUGAGAAAUGCAGCCAGUAUCAUCAAGGGAAGGUGAUUCUGAAUGAGUCUGAAAUAUGUGCUGGGGCUGAAAAUAUUGUAUCAGGACCAUGCGAGGGGGAUUAUGGUGGCCCACUUGUUUGUGAACAACAUAAAAUGAGAAUGGUUCUUGGUGUCAUUGUUCCUGGUCGUGGAUGUGCCAUUCCAAAUCGUCCUGGUAUUUUUGUCCGAGUGGCAUAUUAUGCAAAAUGGAUACACAAAAUUAUAUUAACAUAUAAAGUACCACAGUCAUAGCUGAUGUAACUGUCUGAAGCUUCCAUCAAUACAACUCUAUUUUACGUGAAGAUUUUGAAGUACACGGAAUUAAAAUGUAACUUAAAACAAUCCUACAACAACUACUUGAGUGUCAUGUUUGUUAAGAUACUCAAUAUUUAUGGGUUUAUUUUUGUUUUGUUUGUCAGUGUUAUUUUUGUAAAUGUUGAAGUGAAUUAAGGUACAUGCAAGUGUAGUAACAUAUCUCCUGAAGAUACUUGAAUGGAUUAAAAAAUGCAAAGAUACAAUUGCUGAAUGAUAAAAGAUUUAAUGGAAAAGAUCAAUUAAUCUCUCUCGGCUGCUUUCCAAGGUUAGUUUCUUAAUGAAUAAACCAUAUGUUAAAAAUUAUUUUAACCUCACAAAAACAAUUUAUAUCUUGUGUCCUUAAAUUGUAACUCAAUAUUAAGUUAUAUUAUCAUUCAUAUGCCACACAUUAUUUUUCAUUCAUUUCUCCUCAUCAUGUAUCCUUUAAUACUGGUACACAUACUCUUUACACAAACAUGUACCCAUAUGCGAAUGCCUGGGUACAUAUGUGCAUGCACUAGAAUUCAAAUUGUGGAUAUCUAAUGUAACCCCUAAAUAUAAUGAAAUUGUGUACCAAUAGUUUUUCCUUAAGAAAAAGAUAAAAAUUUCUAAAGACCAGUAGAAGUAUUAUGGAAAGGUACAAGAUAGAAGUGACUAGAUCAUUGUCUGCACAUAAUCUGCACAUGACUUCUACUGGUUGACAAAAUUAAGUAACACCUAACCUAGGUGUUUACAUAUAUUUAUUGUCCUAGUUAUUUUAUGUAAUUUCUAAUUCUUAGAGGGAAGAUACUAUUAUAUCUAUUAGUAUUAUUUCUUUCCUUCAAAUUUAUGGACACAUUUAUGCAAGAUACUUUUAGAUCUUUUUUCCUGAAGUAUUUAAAAAAUUCUUACAUAACUGUCUAAUUGAAGUUUAAAAGUGUUUUGGUCUUUAAAAUGUAUUACAUAGGUUAACUCUAAAACUUGCUGCUGAUUGGCCUCUCUCUCACUUUCUUUAAAUUGAAAUAAAUACAUAAAAGGAAGUUUUUCAUAUGUCUCCAAAAUUUGUAAAUAGCCUCUCAUCAAAUUAUACAUUAAAGUAUAUACUGAAGAAGGAUACAAGAAUACUUUUCUCAAUCCAAAAGUCUUUCAGCCUGAUAAAACUUUACUCAAGUAAAGGAAACAAUGUAAAAGGAAAGGAAAAAAAGUAGCUUGUUUAAACUUUGUAUUCAAUUAUUUUUUUAAGUACAGUUAAAUCUGCUGAAUGAGAUAUUUGACCAAGAUAUCUUCAUUUUAUCUUACUUCAUUUUACAUAGAUAUAUCUUAAUGCCAUGAGAAAUAUUCAAAUUUUAUAUUCUGUAUAAUAAGCAAAUUGUCAUAUUUAUUACUGUAUUAAUCAAGAUUAACUAAAGAUCAUGUAUUUGUCAAGAAAUUAGGUAACAAAGAGUAAUGGGAUAGCCUCUGAAUUUUCACAAAAUCUUCCUGUACGAAAGUUCUUUUAAAGUACUUAUUUGAAUAUUUUCAAUCCAGUAUUUCCAUUUCUCUGACUUGUUUUGGUUGAGUGAUCUCAAUUAAGUCCAGGGAUCCAAAUGAUGGUCUAAAAGCUCCAUAAGACCCUGUUCAUUCUUGACUGAAAAAGUUUUAGGUUUACUCAAGAGCUUAGUCUACAGAGUAUAGGGCAGCAAGUCCAGAAAUGCUUUUCCAAAUUGGGCCAUUUUACUUAUUUAUAAUAAGGUAUGUGCUGGUAUUAAGAAACAGUGAAAGCAAAGAGAGAUCCAACAAGAUCAAAACACAAAAAUUAUAAUUACAAUCAAAACACAGAAAUUUCAAAGGCAUAUUGUCCAAAUAUUACAGUACUUUCAGUUACUUCUUGCUAAACUGGCAAGAGUUUAUUGUCACAUAUUAAUAUUUGUAAAACAUUUAUAAAAUUAUAAUUCUUUUGAAUACUCAUAUUUUAAAAUAUUUCUUUCAUUUCUUUUUUCUAAAUUUCGACUGAGAGAUAAGAAUUACGUAGAUACAAAAUGCAGCUAACUGUAUAGACAUUUUGAACUCAGUGUCUUCCAUUUUAUUAAAGGGUAAAAACAAGACCACCAAUAAACUAUCAGAUGUGUAUGAAAACUUCUUUGGGAGUUUCUUUUCCAAUAGGAGAUUGGUGGAAUAGACAAUAAAAGCAAGAUGAACAAGACCCAUAUUAUUUUAGGUGGUACACACAGGGAAUAAUCAUGUUAUUUUCUCUAGUGAUAUAUACUGUUUCCUGGACAUUCUUUUUUAAUAAACUACAGAAACUAAAAAAUCCAGUGUACCCAAAAAUCCAUUUCAAGUUAUGGGCAAAAGAAUCUUUUAAAUUAGACGUUUUCAAUGUUAUUUUGUUUUGGCUGUUUGAAUAAUGGUUUUUGCUGUUGUAAUUGUGGACAUUUUCUUAUGUCUACCAGGAAUAGUAAUGUAAAAUUAAAAUAUCUGUCAUAAUGCCUCUGCUGUGCAGAAGGGAUGAUAAUCCUUUUGUAUACUUCUUUAAUUUUAUUGUAAAAUGUAUAAUGACUUUGGCCUAUUUUCUGUGGGCAGGUCCUCAGUAAAAUGGUUUAUAAUGAGUCAGUCUCUAGUAUUAACAGGCUCUUGCUUGCUAUCUAAGUGUUUCAAACUAAGGGGAAUGUGAGACACUGGAAGGCAAGAAAUAUAACAAUAAUGACACGUGAUAGCAAAAUUGUAUUUCACUUAUUCCUGUGAAUAUUUCUUGUUGGUACCAAUGGUACUGUACAAAGUGAAUGUUAUAGCCACAACAUUCUCUUGGACAAAAAAACACUGUCAAGAGGUGAGAAACUGCUGUUAGGCAUUUUCUUGCUGUUUCAAAACAUUUUUAAAAAGGAAUACUGGUUUUGAAAUAUAAGGAUCAUGAGCAAAAGAAUUUUGGUAAAACUAAAAAUCUUUAAAUUGACUUAACUGAAGUCCAAAAAAAGAAAUACUUUCAAUCAAUUAUAUCCCAUAUUUAUAGACAAACUCAUUUGAGAAAUAAAGUUAAUUUGAAUAAGAAGACAUAGUCUUUAUGUAAAUAAAUUACUUCUCACAAUAAAGCCCAGACAGAAGUUAUCUUUCAAUGUUCACUGAAUUUUGAACUAAGAAUUUACUAAUAAACAAUGUUAAAAUUCUCGGGACCCUGUAAAUCUUGACAGUGUAAUUUUAAGUAAGUUCAUUUCCAUUUGCACAGAAAGUUUCUGUCUUUAGGAAACUGAAAAUGGAAUACUGUGGAUGUUAUGACUCUUUGUCUUGUGUGUAUAUAGGAAAUUGAUAAGCUGCCUAUUGAGUGGUAUAGCUGGAUGCUUACCCAAAAAGGGAACACUGUGGUUAUGACGUGUACAUAAAUUUUCUGUAGUUAAUAAAGUUGUUAUUUUUAUAACCAUGAUUAUAUUCUUCUUCUUCUUCUUAAUAAUAAUAAAAUAUUUCAUCAAAA